AUGCCUUGGAGCUGUCUCUGGGGAUAUGAAUCUCCACCGCCGAUGUGCAGAGUAAGCGGGCCACUGCAUCUGAUAUUGCAGAAAGAGGGCACUCCACAGGCGCACGCGUUCCGUCGUAAGUCGUUUCGUCGUCCGCGCCCGUGCCACUGGUGCCACCAACCCGUGCACAACGAGGGAUCUUGCUGCAGAGUUUGCAAAUAUGUCUGCCACACGGCUUGUGAAAAUAGGGCGAGUGCUAUCCGCUUUGCACAGAGCCACGUGGUGCAUUCCCGCGGGAUGUUGGGGACGUGUGAAGUCGUCACGAGGCGAGCGGAGUCAGGUGCGAGCGUGCGGGCAACGGUCCGCGGCGGCGUGUGCGGCGCUGAACACCCGCCGCCGCCCGCGCAGUGCUCUCGCGCGCUCCGCCGGGCGAACGCGCACGCGAACCGCGAAUCACCCGUUUCCGCGCAAAUCCACUUGACGCAUUUCCGACACAACAAAGGAUCACUGCAUAAAACGAAACGUUGCACCGUUCCGCCUUUAUUACGACACGUGCGGAAUCGAGCGGGAUAU